AUGGGCCAGUCCACCAGCAAACCCUCUUCUAACUCCUUCCAGAACUCCCAAUUUAUUGCCUCUUUUAAGCACCGCUUCCCAAGCCGCCCCACCAAUGAUCAGAACACGACCCCUCGACCAAGCAUCUUCUCCACACUGAGACCCCCAAAGGCCAAACCCAACAAUUUCAUACCUCUAUUCAACGACUGCAUCACUGCCGCCUCAUCUAGAACUCAAGAAUACCUCCUCUUCAAAGACCCAGAGGACAAGUUCCACCCGAGCCCUGAGGUGCUCACCCAGGUCUUUCUGAUGACAUACAUUACUCAGAGCGUCAGCCUCAACAUGACAGACACCUUCAACUGCACGGCCAUGACGCCCGAGCAGCGCAUCCUCCUGGGGGCCGACUGGGUCUGGGCCAUGCUGGAGAAGCCUACCAAGAACCCUCAGAUCCAGAUUGCCGUGCAGGUCUUACACCUGCAGGACAAGGAGGAAGCAGAGGAGGACGGCAUCAACCCGGAGGCCUGCAGCGAGUCCGUCCAGAUUGCCCAGAAGGAGUCCAGCAACAAUACCAUGUACGAGAAGCUGGUGAACUUCUGCACCUCCGUUGGCAAGGACUGCUAUGCCCUCUUCUUGUUCUUGGGGAAGAAAAGCGAUACGGGCAAUAUCUACGGCGUCCUCAGCAACAACUUUGAGGCUGCCAUCGGGAAGUGUGACAAGAUUGACAGAGCUUUUAUCGAGAACUUCUUCAAAGGCUCGAGGUAUCUAUAUACACCUUCAGGAAUGAUGCAGGCCAUUGUCACCAAGAAAGAGGGAGACUCUCUCACUCUCAUGAUUAAAUUCAGCUGAACCAGAGUGACUCAAAAUAUUGAAUAGCCAAUACCUUGAUUUAGUAAUAAAACUUA